AUGCCUGAAGUGAAGAACCAUCCAGAAACUCUACCAAAGUGGUGGAAAGAAGCUACCGUUUAUCAAAUCUACCCAGCUAGUUUCAAGGACUCGAAUAAUGAUGGUUGGGGUGAUAUGAAAGGUAUUGCUUCAAAGUUGGAGUACCUAAAAGAUCUUGGCAUCGAUGCCAUUUGGAUUUCUCCUUUCUAUGAUUCUCCGCAGGAUGAUAUGGGUUAUGAUAUUGCUAAUUAUGAGAAGGUUUGGCCUACUUAUGGCACCAAUGAAGAUUGCUUCAAAGUGAUUGAAAAGACCCAUGAAAUGGGUAUGAAAUUUAUUACGGAUUUAGUUAUCAACCAUUGUUCCAGUGAACACGAAUGGUUCAAGGAAUCUAGAUCCUCCAAGACUAACCCUAAGCGUGAUUGGUUUUUCUGGAAAACACCAAAGGGUUAUGAUGAGAAUGGUGCUCCAAUUCCACCAAACAAUUGGAGAUCUUACUUUGGGGGGUCUGCUUGGACUUUUGAUGAACAUACCAAGGAAUUCUACUUGCGUUUAUUCGCGGAGACUCAACCCGAUCUAAACUGGGAAAACGAGGACUGUAGAAAGGCCAUUUACGAAAGUGCUGUGGGUUACUGGUUGGACCACGGCGUUGACGGUUUCAGAAUCGAUGUUGGUAGUUUGUACUCCAAGGUUCCAGGUUUGCCAGAUGCUCCAGUUGUUGACAAGGGCUCUCCAUGGCAAAGCAGUGACCCAUACUGUUUGAAUGGACCAAGAAUUCAUGAGUUUCACCAAGAAAUGAACAAAUUUAUCAGAACCAGGGUCAAGGAUGGUAAAGAAAUUAUGACUGUCGGUGAAAUGCAACGCGCCCCUGAUGAGGUCAAGAAAAUGUACACCAGUGCAGCCAGACACGAAAUGGGUGAAUUGUUCAAUUUCACCCAUACCGAUCACGGUACUUCUCCAUUGUUCCGUUACAAGCUGGUUCCCGCUAGUUUCAAGAGCUGGAAAUUGGGUUUGGCAGAAUUGUUCACCUUCAUCAACGGUACCGACAGUUGGUCCACAGUCUAUUUGGAGAACCAUGAUCAACCUCGUUCUAUUACUAGAUUUGCAGACGAUUCUCCCAAGUACCGUGUUACCUCUGGUAAACUUUUGUCCGUUUUGCUAACUGCUUUGGCUGGUACUCUAUAUGUUUACCAAGGCCAAGAAUUGGGUCAAAUUAAUUUUAAAAACUGGCCAGUUGAAAAAUACGAAGAUGUUGAAGUGAGAAACAACUACGCCAUUAUCAAGAAGGAACACGGUGAAAACUCCCAAGAAAUGAAAGAUUUCUUGGAAGGUAUUGCCUUGAUCUCUAGAGAUCACGCCAGAACUCCAAUGCAAUGGUCCCACGAAGAACCAAAUGCUGGUUUCUCCGGUCCUGGAGCCAAGCCAUGGUUCCACUUGAACGAAUCCUUUAGAGAUGGUAUCAACGUUGAAGAUGAAAGCAAGGACCCAAACUCUGUCUUGAGUUUCUGGAAAAAGGCCUUGAAAUUCAGAAAGGAACACAAGGACGUCGCCAUUUAUGGUUACGAUUUUGAUUUCAUCGACCUGGACAACGAGAAAUUAUUCAGUUUCACCAAGAAGUAUGGUAAAAAAACCCUUUUUGCUGCUUUGAACUUCAGCUCCGAAAAUCUUGACUUCCAGAUUCCAAGCGAAGGUUCCUAUAAAUUGGUUUUCGGUAACUACGCCGAUGGCAACGUUGAGGACGCAUCCAAGACUUUGAAGCCAUGGGAGGGAAGAAUCUACAUUCAUGAUAGUUCCUCCUUAUUGCAAACCGUCAAGGACAAGAUCUUUAUGCGUGAAUGA